AUGGGAAAUAUUGAGAAGAAAGAGGCGCAUUAUGAUGAUUUGGAUGCUAAGAUUGCUAGUCUCGCCGAGGAUAACAAGAAAUUUUACGAGCAAGCUGUACACUACAAGGAAAUCUUGAACGAGUAUGAAACAUUGUCACGACAGAAAGAGAAUCGAGAAGAGAUGGUGGAUGACCUGUUGGAGGGUAUGGAAGAGAUGAUCGUAGGCGGUUCGUUCUAUGUCAAAUUUGCCCUGUUACAAAAAAUUAGUGUUAACUUUUGGGUCGACUCUUUGAUUAUUCAGUCACGGAUGAAGACUCGAGGGAAUAUCGAGACAAAUCUAGGGCUAAGUUGGACAAAUGCGGAGCGGCCCCAAGGCACAAAAGAACAUUUAGCCAAUCUUGAAUUAAAAAUAGCCAAGCUGCGACAAAAGCAUCAGAAUAAGUUUACCGAGUUCGGUCAGUUGAAAGCGCAAACUCAGCGACACGUGUCUGCAUUAGAAGAAAGGCAGGAUUUAGUCAGGCGUCUCAGCGGGCGUCAUCAAAUCCAAGGCUUUGAAGGUUUGAUCGAUGAUAGGCAAGUGGAAGAGUUCUUGAAUACACUCACCGAGUCCCAGAGCGAGUGA